AUGGCAUUUGGAGCUCCAAGAGGUAGAGGUGGUCCCCCUAGAGGUGGCCGUGGCGGUGCCAGAGGUGGUUCCCGUGGUGGUUUUAGAGGCGGUGCCCGUGGUGGUGCUAGAGGUGGUGGCCGCGGUGGUGCUAGAGGUGGUGGUCGCGGUGGUGCUAGAGGUGGCCGUGGUGGCGCUAGAGGUGGCCGUGGUGGUGCCAGAGGCGGUGCUAAAGUUGUCAUCGAACCCCACAGACAUGGAGGUGUUUUCAUCGCUAGAGGUAAAGAAGAUUUAUUAGUCACUAGAAACAUCGCACCUGGUGAAUCUGUUUACGGUGAAAAGAGAAUUUCGGUCGAAGAGCCAUCGAAAGAUGAGUCAGCUCCACCAACGAAAAUUGAAUAUCGUGUUUGGAAUCCUUUCAGAUCAAAGUUAGCUGCAGGUAUUAUGGGAGGUAUCGAUGAGCUUGGAUUUGGCCCUGGUAAGAAGGUCUUGUAUUUGGGUGCUGCUUCAGGUACAUCUGUUUCUCAUGUUUCAGAUGUUGUGGGACCAGAAGGUUUAGUUUAUGCAGUUGAAUUUUCCCACAGACCUGGAAGAGAAUUGAUAUCAAUGGCUAAGAAAAGACCCAAUGUGAUUCCCAUCAUUGAUGAUGCUCGUCAUCCACAAAAAUACCGUAUGUUGAUUGGUAUGGUCGAUGCAGUCUUCGCAGAUGUUGCCCAACCAGAUCAAGCUCGUAUUAUUGCCUUGAACUCGCAUUUGUUUUUGAAAGACCAAGGAACUGUGGUUAUUUCAAUCAAAGCAAACUGUAUUGAUUCUACUGUUGAUGCGGAAACCGUCUUCGCUAGAGAAGUUCAAAAAUUGAGAGAAGAAAGAAUAAAGCCAUUGGAACAGUUGACAUUAGAGCCUUAUGAAAGAGAUCAUUGUGUUGUCGUGGGACGUUACGUCAGAAGUGGAUUAAAGAAAUAA